UUGGAUAUUUCAUGACACUCUUUCAAAUCCAGAAGAGAAGACUUAUAUGGCGAAAGGGGGCGAAGAACCCGAGGCUUCUUACAAGAAACCGACCCCCACACGCCCUGACCCACAAACCCGUUGGCAAUGCGCACAGACGAAUCUCGCUGCUGCUCGGCUUCUGAAGUGAAUGGUUCAUUGCCUGCGCUAUAAAGGCCGGCGAAACUGCUCGUUGUGAAUGGCUGGCAUCGAAUAACACCAUGGCGACAGUUAAAAUGAAUUCUCCCAGCCAGGAAAAGCAAGUUGAAACAGCUCGAGACCAGCAUCUGCUGUCAGAAAGAGCUGCAUGCAAUUCCGUGCAUCGGGAUAUCUGGGGUCCACGGGAAAAGUCCAUGGGAAAUCCCUGGUCUCCUACAAACCCAACAGGGACUGUCAAUCUCCGUCUCGCCGAAAACAGUCUCAUGCACGAGGAAAUCGGGCAAUUCAUCAAAAAUGAGAUAAAUGUCCUCCCCCUUCAACAUUUAACAUAUAGCACUGGCCCACGAGGUUCUCUACGUCUCCGACGAGCAGCAUCUACAUUUCUAGCACGAGAGUUCCAUCCGCGCCACUCUAUCACUGCCGAUGAUAUCUUCGUCACCCCAGGGCUAGCUAGUGCCAUUGACGCCGUUGCAUGGUCAAUCUGCAAUGAUGGAGAUGGCAUUCUCGUUCCGCAGCCAUUCUAUAACGGGUUCCAAUUUGACCUCCUCAACCGGAGUAACACGAGGGUUGUCCCUGUUUCGUAUACAGGGGUGGAGGGGUAUUCCGGCCUCGAUGACCUUUUUGAUCCGGAUGUGAAUAGGAUGGCACUAGACAGGGCUUUGUAUAAGGCUAGAGAAGAUGGGAUUCGUAUCCGUGCGGUCCUUGUUUCAAAUCCCCAUAAUCCUCUUGGGAGAUGCUACCCCCCUGCAACCAUGAGAGAAUUCGCCAAAUUUUGUGGUCUCAAUAAAUUGCAUCUCAUCUCAGACGAAAUCUACGCAAAAUCCGUAUUCGUGAACCCCACAAUCCCAACCGCGACGCCCUUCUCUUCCAUCCUAGCCCUUGAUACUACCGACCUCAUUGAUCCUACUCUAGUCCAUGUCUUAUACGGCGCAAGUAAAGAUUUCUGCGCGAACGGGCUACGCUUGGGAUUUGUGUAUACACAGAAUAAAGGCAUUAUCGGGGCGAUGUCUAGUAUCAGUAUGUUCUCGUGGUCGCCUCAUCUCCUUCAAGAUGUCUGGGCUGGGAUGUUAGAGAACGCCGAGUGGAUGGACGACUUCAUGCAGAGAAAGAAUGAGCCUGUGCUGGAGAAUUAUAACAUCACUUCAUCGUUUCUCCGUGACUGCGGGAUAAAAUAUUAUGAAAUGAACGCCGGGCUCUUUUUCUGGAUCGACCUUCGGCAUAUACUCAAGCCAGGCUAUGCAGGUGACGGCUCAUUGAGCGUAGCCUCUUCGGAUUCGAGCAAGUAUAAAGAGCGGGAAGCGAGGGUAGUCGAGAUUUGCAUGAAGCACGGUGUGCUGAUUGCUCCUGGUCAUGUCUACGUACCUGAGGAGUUCGGAUGGUUUCGUAUAACCUUUACGGUUGGCAAGGAAGCAUUACGAGAGGGACUGCAGCGAGUUAAAGAAUCACUUGCUGAGAUUGAAACAGAGCUGAGUUGGACUACUGAGUAAGGUACACCGGGCUAGAAGUUAAACCACAGUAGAAUAGAACGAUAGAAUCAUUAUUCAC